UUGUAAUACAUAGUAGUACGCUACGGUGGAAUCUCAUCAAACACAUUCAAAUGCGAUAUCAAGUCAAUUCUCAGAUUCGGAAGAUCAAAAGAAGGGUUACAGAGGUUAAGGAAAGAAGGGACCGUUACGGUAUUCUCGCCUCUGAAGCUCAGAUUAUUUAUCGCCCUUCAUCUAAGAGCACUGGUGCAGCUACACCUUUUGCUCGGGAGGAUGACAUUUUGGGAAUUGACGAUGAUGUGGAACAGAUUAUGAAAUCAUCACUGGCGGGAAGGCCGAAUCGUCGAAGAGUUAUUUCUGUAUUUGGUAUGGGCGGUUUGGGGAAAACUACUCUUGUUAAAGAAGUUUACAAGAGAGUUAAGGCCAGCUUUGAUUGUCAUUCUUGGGUAUCUAUAUCGCCAUCCUACGAUUUAAUAGAUGUCCUUAAGGCUGUGUUAUUCGAGUUUAAAUCAAGCAGAAAAGAGGCAGCUUUGGAUAUAAUGGACGACGUUAAUGAGGGACAGUUGCAAGAGAGGACCUAUCGUUACCUGGAGAACAAGAAUUACUUGUUAGUUGUUGAUGAUUUAUGGGAAGCUCAACUUUGGGAUGAACUGAAGCAAGCGUUGCCAAGAGACCGAGGUCUGGUUAUAUUUACUUCAAGGAUACGGGAUAUAGCUUCAAAGGUGGAAGACAAUUGCCACAUUCAAGAGCUGCAACAUCUUCCUCAUGAGUUGGCCAGGGACAUUUUCUGCCGAAAGGCAUUUGGGGAGGAGAUGACUUGUCCUAGAGAAUUGGAAGCAUUAACAGAGGCCAUAAUAAGAAGGUGUGAAGGGUUACCACUCGCAAUUGUAAACCUUGCAGGUCACUUGUCUAGGACGGAAUCAAAGCAACAAGAAAUGCAGUCCUUACUCCAUGAUCUUGAUUGGGAGCAUAACCACAGUACUGAUCUUGAGCGACUAAACAAGGUCUUGGUAUGUAGCUACAAUCACCUACCAUAUUACCUUAAAUAUUGCUUCUUGUACAUUGGUUUGUUCCUUGAAGAUUAUGAGAUCGGGAGAAAGAGACUAAUCAGAAUGUGGGUCGCAGAAGGCUUUGUUAAAAAAACUUCUCAGAAAUCAGAAGAGGAAGUUGCCAACAGUUAUUUUAAGCAGCUUAUUGACAGGAGUAUGAUCCAAUCCAUUACCUUGCAUGCCCGAGAUGUGGUGAAAGCUUGUAAAUUACACAAUCUAAUGCGUGAAGUUGCAACCCAGAUGUUCAAGGAAGAGAAAUUUGGAGCCAUUUUGGUUGAUAGGAAUAAUGAAAUUGAAGACAGACAACGUAGAUUAUCAGUCUACAGCAAUGCCGAAAAUAUCCCAGCAAAUAUAGGUAAUUUGAAUCUACGCUCCUUUCUCCUGUUUAGAGCAACUGAAAUGUCAUCUUCUGCAUUAAGAAAAUUGUUAGCAGAACUCAGGCUUGUCAGACUGUUGGAUCUACAAGGAGUUGGUAUUGAAAGUUUACCGGAUGAAGUUGGGGACCUGAUCAACUUGCGGUAUCUAGAUUUGCGAGGCACCAUGAUAAAAAAUCUACCCAACUCAAUGAAGAAUUUGCGAAAUCUACAAACUUUGGAUAUCAGAAACACAAAUGUCAGCACAUUGCCUCGUGGAAUCAACAUGCUUACGGAGCUGAGACAUCUCCAUAUGGCAAGCUUCUUUGAACGUGAUAAUAAAGAUUUUCUGAAGAUACCUAAGGGAAAACUGUGUUUUAAGGAACUCCAGACACUCUCCGGCAUAGAUUGUGACCAAAAUUUUAUGAAACAACUGAGGAGCUUAACCAACUUGAGGAAGUUAUACAUUGGAGGAAUUACAGGAUCAAUUAAAUCCGCUUUUGAGGUCUCCACCUCGUUUGGAGAAAUUAAAAUUGCAAGGGUCUCUCAGAAGAUUGCCAAGUUGGUUUCAGUCUCUAAAUUGCCUCCAUACAUUGUGCUUAUACAAGAACUUUAUAGAAGACGACCCUUUUCCAAUCCUGGAACAAUUACCCAAUCUUCUUGUUCUCACUCUUAGCAUCUUCUGCAUUUUUAUGCAGAGAUAUAUGUUG